CUGGAGGCGAACUAGACUCGCAGGAUGCGGGCGGGGUGAACAGUGUAUAUUAUUAACAAAAUUAUGUAGCCCCAUCUAGCUUAGACCACAAACUAAGUCACUCACUAUUAUCCUCAGGUUCUUUGAGGGUAAGGUCAAGUCAUCAUGGCUGCUUCCUCCCAGGUGUUCAGGGUCAUCCAUGGCAGGAGAUUUGGUCAAAUCCUGGUGCCAGCUAUAACAUGCCAAAACUGCAGUCUGUCGUCUCAUCCCUGCAGCAAUGCAACUCAGCCACAUAGUUUUGUUCAAAGAUGGGCGCACCAGUCACGGGGAUACAGGACCUCACCUGCAAGGCACACCUACUACCUGACCCCACCUCAGGUUAACAGCAUCCUAAAGGCAAAUGAAUACAAUUUCAAAGUGCCUGAGUUUGAUGGCAAGAACCUUAGUUCAGUCAUGGGCUUUGACAGCAACCAGCUACCAGCAAACGCACCCAUUGAGGAUCGGAGAAGUGCAGCGACGUGCUUGCAGACGCGCGGCAUGCUUUACGGAGUAUUUGAUGGCCACGCAGGCUGUGCUUGUGCUCAGGCGCUCAGCGAGCGGCUCUUUUACUACAUUGCUGUUUCUUUGCUGCCGCAUGAGACGUUGACGGAGCUGGAGAAUGCUGUGGAGAACGGACGACCUGUUCACCCAAUUCUGCAGUGGCACAAGCAUCCCAACGACUACUUCAGCAAGGAAGCCUCACAGCUCUACUUUUCCAGUUUGCGCACAUACUGGCAGGAGCUUCUGGACCUGAGCGUUCCUGGGGAGCAACCUGAUGUUGCCGAAGCUCUUGUGAGUGCCUUUAAAAGGUUGGACAAUGACAUAUCCCUCGAAGCACAGGUGGGCGACCAAAAUGCGUUCUUGCACUACUGGAUGCUCCGUGUGGCAUUUUCAGGUGCGACCGCAUGUGUCGCACACAUCGAUGGCAAUGAGCUGCAUGUUGCCAACACUGGAGAUGGCCGUGCAGUCCUGGGGGUACAAGAACCCGAUGGCUCUUUUUCUGCUUUGACGCUCUCCAAUGACCACAACGCGCAGAACGAAUCUGAGGUGCAGCGCGUGCGGUCCGAGCACCCACUUUCCGAGGCCAAGACUGUGGUAAAGCAGGAUCGUCUCUUGGGGUUACUCAUGCCAUUUCGCGCUUUCGGAGACGUUAAAUUUAAGUGGAGCAUCGAGCUGCAGCGCCGUGUUCUUGAGUCCGGACCGGACCAGCUCCAUGAGAAUGAGCAUGCCAAGUUCAUCCCACCCAACUACCACACGCCACCCUACCUAACGGCUGAACCGGAGGUGAUACGACACCGUCUUCGUCCACAGGAUCGUUUCCUGGUGCUGGGCUCGGACGGGCUGUGGGAAACGCUACACAGGCAGGAGGUGGUGAGGAUUGUGGGUGAACAUCUCACUGGAGUGCACCAGCAGCAGCCAGUCAGUGUUGGUGGCUUUAAGGUGACCCUAGGUCAGAUGCAGGGAUUGUUGCAGGAAAGGAAGGCUCGCAUCUCCUCCACCUUCGAGGACCAGAAUUCAGCUACCCACCUGAUUCGGCACGCGGUGGGGAGUAAUGAGUUUGGAUUGGUGGAUCAUGAGAGGUUGUCAAAGACUUUAAGCUUGCCAGAGGAAUUAGCUCGCAUGUACAGGGAUGAUAUCACUAUCAUCAUAGUGCAGUUUAACCCACACGUCAUAGGCGGACAGUAAAAGUGGACCGACUCUUUCGUCCACACGCUCUGUUACAUAUCCUGCGCACAAUCUCAUUGUUGUAUCAGUAAUAUCAGCAGCACAGCAAAACGUUACCUAUACCAGUGGAAUGUAUUACAUUUUAAUGUUCAUUUUUAUUUUCACAUAUGCAUGGCAGCUGCCUUAAAGGGGUGAGUGGUGUUGAUUCCCAAUGUCACAUGUGGAAUGAAGCCAAACAGAAAAGGUUAUGUUGAGCCCACCACAGACCCGCUAUCACAAUUAAACAGUCAAAAUGCAACACAAAACCAUAAGUUAGGAUUGGAAAUCUCAUAUCUGGUGAAAUUUACUAAUGUGGGUUUAGCAGAUUUUGCACUUAGGAGAGACUUUAAAUAGUGAGGAUGACUGUGUGCCAAAAUUAUCUUUUAUGUUGAAUGCUCUUAACUUUUGAAUGAAUGAAUGAAUGAAAAAGGAAAAUAAAACAAAUCUAAUUUAACAAUGAGUUUAAAAGAAAGAGAAUAUCAAACGAAGUCCAUAAAGUACUUUUUAAUUAGAAUGCACUGUAACAGAUAUGUCAAAUGAUGAGAAGAUAGUUCACCCAAAAAAAGAAAUUAUUAUUAGUUACUCACCGUCGUGUCAUUCCAAAACUUGUAUGACUUUUUUUUUUUUUUCUGUGUUCAAAACGAGAUAUUUAGAAAAAUACCACAGUUGCUGUUAUUUUGGACACAUUGACUUACAAAAUGCUGUGCAGAUGGAAAAUAGUCAUACGGGUUUGAAACAACAUGAGGGUGAGUAAAUGAUGACGGUUUUUCAGAAUCUUUCAUUUUCUAAGUGCUUUAUGUUGGUACUAUUUGCAUUCUUUUUGACUUAAGUUCUCUUUUUUUGAGCAGCAUGGCUUUAAUAGAUGCAGCUGAAGAACAUCUUUAAAUUCAACCAAAUUAUAUCCCCAUUACUGUAAAAAUCCUGAUAAAGAGGUCUACUUAAUAUAUAUAUAUAUAUAUAUUUUUUUUACCUGUAUCAGAUGUUGGCCAUUUAAUGGUUUGUACAGUAAGCCAUGCAAAAGCCAUACAUGUGUAACGUAAUAAGAGAUAUACAUGCCACUGCUAAUAACAAAAUUACUUUCACAUACUUCAUUUUCCUCUGACAGUGAUUAUUUAUAAUGCUGCUUGGCCAUCGCUGAAAUUCUGUUUACUGAGGUGUGGACGGUUCUCAGAAAGGUGAGGGACAGGUAUUUAAAGAAACACAAACACACCUGAAUGCUUACACUGCUGUGUGGUAAUCUGAACCUGAACAGUUUGCUUUAUGGAUUGUGUUUCCAAGUAAUUGAGUUGAUAUGUGAUUACUGGCCCCAGGUUAGAUUAGAACUUGAGUUGUAAUAUUUUUGUUCCGAGGAUAAUUGAACAAGGUUAAAACCAUAUCUCUCUCAAUGUGAUUGUACUUUCUUGCAUUUUUGUUCUCAUCUCUUGCACAAGAACACAGCUGAUUACUACAUGAAAUGUUUUGAAUGAUAGUCAGCAAUCAGUGUUAGUAAUACUGUUACAAAAUUAUAGGCUUUCUAAAGUGUAAAUAAAGAUUGCUUUUUAUUGGAAUUACUUAAUACUUGAAGUAAAUGUAUGCUGCGAUGUUGUUCAGUAUAUUUAACAAUAUUUUGCAGCAUGUCACAAUUUAACAAUAUUAUACUACUAUGUGCUGGUGCAUGGGCAUGGCUUGUGUGAGUACUCCUGCUUUUUGUAUUUAAAAUGUUUUAAUAAAAAUGCUAUAACCCAU